UACAGAACAUUUAUCAACAAAUAAAACAGCUGAAAUAUUAAUCAAAAAUUCCUCCUCAUUUCCUUGUUCCGUAGAACCAGCGGUAAUGGACACAGUUGAAGGAAGCGCAACAGAAACGUCGAACGUAACCCUCUUAUUUGAGAAGUUUUUCAUCAAGUUUUACAAGGACUAUUUGGCUCAGAAGCGGCAGGCAGCAGCCCUGAAUAAAACACUGCAGGAAGAAGAUUUUUUAUUUGCUUAUCUGUACAUUCUGGUAAUAUUUGGCAUGUUCACCGUCCUUAUCAUUUCCAUGCUGGCCAGCACUGUGAGUUCAAGGAGACAGGAGCAUAGCGAAGAUCCCUACCACACCUACAUCGCCAAUGGCUCAAGGAAAGGCAGGAAGGAAAAGGGUUCCAGCUCAGACUACCCAAAGUUCUACGUCAACGAAAAUGUGGCCAGGGCUCUUCAGAACAUGUCCGAUCAAGAUGAUACCGUGACCAUCCACUGUAAAUGACCCCCCAGCAACAGAACAAUUAGUGAGGCUGUCGUUCUCCUGUGACCAGAGAAAGUGAAAUAGCUAAAGUGGCUAAAUAGCUAAAGCAAAAUACUGAAGUGAAUCAGAGGGACAGGCAGCAUCUCUGCGGAGACGGAAUGGGUGAUGUUUCGGGUCGAGACCCUUCUUCAGAGUCAAGAGGCAGGGAAUCCAGAGACAUGGAAUGGUAAGGUGUAAAAACGAUGGAUCAAAGCAGACGAUGAUCAAGGAAUCGUAGAAUGAUUCAUUGUUAGCUGAGGGGAAGGUGACAAGCAAGGGCUACUUGAAGGUAGAGAAAUUCAAAAUCCUACUGCUGGGUUGCGAGCUGCCCAAGCGGCUGCCUCCUUGUCACCUUCACCUCAGAUGACAACGGACCAUUCUACAUUUCCUUAUCACAGUCUGAUUUGAUCUGUCGUUUUUUCACCCCUUACAUAUCUCUAGUCUCCCUCCCCCCUAACGUUAGUCUGAAGAAGGGUCGGGUCCCAUUCCUUCUCUCCAGAGAUGCUGCCUCCCCCGCUGAGUUACUCCGCCAUUUUGUGCCUAUCUUCGGUGUGAGCCAACAUCUGCCCAAGUGAAAUAACCUGCUUUUUAUCAAGCAACUAAGCUUCUUCAUUUAAAAAAAAAAAUCUCCUGGUAACAGUAAAUAAUUUUCACGUGGAUUGUCACACGGCACUGGCAAUAAAAUGGUGUGAGAGCAGAAACAGUGUAAAUGGGUGCGUGACGGCCAUCAGUACAGAUUGUCUUGCAGAAUUAGACUCGAGUUUUAUUCCUUAAACUAAAAUUGCUCGCUAGAGGAGCGGCAUGGUGGUGCAG